AUGGCAUUUCUCAUCCUCGUGAUAGGGGACCUCCACAUCCCCGACCGGGCUCUGGACAUUCCACCAAAGUUCAAGAAGCUCCUCGCCCCAGGAAAAAUAUCCCAGACCCUUUGUCUAGGCAACCUCACCGACCGCGCCACCUACGAGUACCUGCGCUCCGUCUCCCCGGACCUCAAGAUCGUCAAGGGCCGCUUCGACGUCGAGGCCACCUCUCUUCCUCUGACUCAGGUCGUCGCCCACGGCUCCCUGCGCGUCGGUUUCCUCGAGGGUUUCACCCUUGUUUCCGCCGAGCCCGACUUGCUGCUGGCCGAGGCCAACCGCCUCGACGUCGAUGUCCUCUGCUGGGGUGGCACCCACCGCUUCGAGUGCUUCGAAUACAUGGACAAGUUCUUUGUCAACCCAGGCAGCGCCACCGGCGCCUUCUCUACCGGCUGGGGCACCGCUGAGGGUGAGGACGGCGAGGUCGUCCCGAGCUUCUGUCUCAUGGAUGUACAAGGCAUAUCGCUCACGCUGUAUGUCUACCAGCUGAGAAAAGAUGCGAACGGCGCAGACACCGUCGCGGUCGAGAAGGUCACAUAUACCAAACCCGUGGAGUCGACGGGACCAUCGUCAUGA